AUGCAUUUACAUAUAAUGAGCCCAGUGGCAGGUGGCGAAGUUUUUAUAGUCGCCAUACCCGACUACGCAGGGAACGCGUAUGGAAAAGAAGCGCAGAUGGUCGCCCGCGAACUGAGCGCUACUGAGGAGGAGUACUUGGACGCUCGCGAAAGGGGAGCGCCACGUUCGAAAAAGUCUUUUCCAGGUAGCAACAUUGCGGCAAAGCUGGCUAGAAUCUCUUCUCGCAUGUACUCGAUGGAGAAUAAGCAUUAG